AUGGGCACCGGGUGGCACGUGUGCGCGCUCCUCUCUGCGGUGUUGUUCGCCGCCCAGGCUUUCCCCCAGACAAACAUAAAGAUCAGCCAAGCCAUUCCGGAGCCUGUGCGUGCCUACUCCUGCCCGCUCUUCUGGACGGAGUACGAAGGCCAUUGCUACCGCUACUUCCCCAUCAACAAAACCUGGGCUGAAGCUGACCUCUAUUGCGCCGAGUUCUCCAUUGGCAUCAGAUCAGCCAAGCUGGCCUCCAUCCACAGCUGGGAAGAAAAUGUCUUCGUGUAUGACCUGGUGAACAGCCGCGUGCCAGGCAUCCCCACCGACAUCUGGACGGGGCUCAACGACCUGCGGCAGGAGGGUCACUUCGAGUGGACGGACGGCUCCUCCUACGACUACCACUACUGGGAUUGCAGCCAGCCCGACGACGGGAUCCACUCCAUCCCGGAGGAGGAGGACUGCGUGCAGAUCUGGUACAGGCACAGCAGCGCGCUGCGCUCCUGGAACGACAACGCCUGCGGCAGAGCCUUCCCCUUCGUCUGCAAGAUCCCCUCGCUGGCCCUGGACUGAGGCUGCCGGUGCGCCC